AUGGCUUCGGGCAUACCAGAAGUCGAUCUGGUCACCCGAGUCCAGGUCGACAGCUCCGUCGCCGGCGCUGGCGAGAUCGACGAGUCCCUCUAUAGCCGGCAGCUCUACGUCCUUGGCCACGAGGCUAUGAAGCGCAUGAGCGCAUCUAACGUGCUUAUUGUUGGUCUGAAAGGUCUCGGUGUCGAAAUCGCCAAAAAUAUCGCCCUUGCCGGUGUCAAGAGCUUGACACUGCACGAUCCUACCCCCGUUGCCAUCGCCGACCUAUCCUCCCAGUUCUUCCUGCGUCCGGCAGAUAUCGGCAAGCCCCGCGAUGUCGUCACUGUCCCCCGUGUCGCCGAACUGAACGCAUACACACCUGUGAGCAUCCACAAAUCAUCUAACCUCGGCGAGGAUUUAUCCCAGUUCGAUAACUACCAAGUCGUUGUCCUCACCAGCACCCCUCUCGACCUUCAACUCGUGAUCGGCGACUACUGCCACUCCAAGGGUAUCUACGUUGUCGUCGCAGAUACUUUUGGCCUCUUCGGUUCCAUCUUCUGCGAUUUCGGCGAAAAGUUUACCUGUCUCGAUGCAACCGGCGAAAACCCGCUUAGCGGCAUAGUAGCCGGCAUUGACGACGAAGGAUUGGUCUCCGCGCUGGACGAGACGCGCCACGGCCUCGAGGAUGGCGAUUACGUCACCUUCUCCGAAGUCCAGGGCAUGGAGACCUUAAAUGGAUCGGAACCGAGGAAAGUCACGGUGAAGGGUCCUUAUACCUUUUCGAUCGGCGAUGUCUUGGGGCAUGGUCAGUACCAGAGCGGAGGGCUGUACCAGCAGGUCAAAAUGCCCAAGUUUAUCGAUUUCAAGACCAUCUCUGCUGCCCUUCGCGAUCCCGAGUUCGUCAUCUCCGAUUUUGCCAAGUUUGACCGGCCGCAUCAGCUUCAUAUCGGGUUCGAGGCGCUACAUGCCUUCAAGCAGUCGCAGGGCCGUCUACCGCGACCUCUCAACGACGAAGACGCUGCGGUCGUCGUUGCUUCGGUCAAGGCCUUCGUCGAGAAAGAGAAUGUGGACAUUGAGAUUGACGAGAAGCUCAUCAGAGAGCUCAGCUACCAGGCACAGGGCGACCUCAACCCCAUGGCCGCUCUAUUUGGUGGUCUCGCCGCGCAGGAGGUUCUCAAGGCGGUCUCGGGAAAGUUCCACCCGAUCAAGCAGUGGCUCUAUCUCGACUCGCUCGAGUCGCUUCCUACUAGCACCGCCCGAACCGAGGAGCUUUGUAAGCCGAUUGGUACCCGGUACGACGGUCAGAUUGCCGUCUUCGGAAGAGAAUACCAGGAAAAGCUCGGGAACGUCAAAGAAUUCCUGGUCGGCGCUGGAGCCAUCGGCUGCGAAAUGCUCAAGAACUGGGCCAUGAUCGGCCUCGGCGUGGGACCCAAGGGCAAGAUUACCAUUACCGAUAUGGACUCGAUCGAGAAGAGCAACUUGAACCGCCAAUUCCUAUUCCGGCCGAAGGAUGUCGGCCAGAUGAAGAGCGAUUGCGCCGCUAAGGCUGUGCAGGCCAUGAAUCCCGAGCUUGGGGGUCACAUCGAGUGUCUGAAGGACCGCGUCAGCCCGGAAACGGAACAUAUAUUCAACGAAGAAUUCUGGGAGUCCUUGGAUGGAGUUACCAAUGCCCUCGACAACGUCGAGGCGAGAACCUACGUUGACCGGCGAUGCGUAUUCUUCCACAAACCCUUGCUCGAGAGCGGGACUCUCGGCACGAAGGGCAACACCCAAGUCGUCCUCCCCAGGUUGACCGAAUCCUACUCGUCUUCCCAGGACCCGCCUGAAGUGUCGUUCCCUAUGUGCACCCUGCGAAGUUUCCCAAACAGGAUCGAGCAUACGAUAGCCUGGGCGCGAGAGCUUUUCGAGACUUCGUUCGUCAAGUCUGCCGAGACUGUUAACCUCUACCUAACCCAACCCAACUAUCUAGAAACGACACUAAAGCAGGGCGGGAAUGAGAAGGCAACUCUGGAGACGAUCCGGGACUACCUCGUGACGGACAAGCCGCUGAGCUUCGAGGACUGCAUCAUCUGGGCACGAAUGCUGUUUGAGAAGCAAUAUAACAAUGCGAUCCAACAGCUUCUGUACAACUUCCCCAAGGAUUCCGUGUCCUCUAGCGGUACUCCCUUCUGGUCGGGCCCGAAACGUGCCCCCGAUCCACUGAAGUUCGAUCCGAAAAACCCGGUUCAUUUCGAAUUCAUCGUGGCGGCCGCUAAUCUCCAUGCCUUCAACUACAACAUUAAUACGAAGGGCGUAGAUAAGGCGCUCUACUUGAAGGUCUUAGAGAACAUGAUCGUCCCCGACUUCUCGCCCGACCCGGGCGUCAAGAUCCAGGCAAACGACAGUGACCCCGACCCGAACGCCAGCAAUAGCAACCCUUCUGCUUUCGACGACAAUACCGAGAUACAGAAGAUUGUCGACAGCCUUCCCGCCCCCAGCACGCAAGCAGGAUUCAGGCUGACACCGGUAGAAUUCGAGAAGGAUGACGAUAGCAACCACCACAUCGACUUUAUCACAGCGGCGAGCAACCUACGAGCCAGCAACUACAAGAUCGAGCUAGCCGACAGACAUAAGACGAAGUUUAUCGCCGGCAAGAUCAUCCCGGCCAUCGCGACGACGACGGCACUGGUGACCGGUCUCGUGGUCCUGGAACUGUACAAGGUCCUCGACGGCAAGGACGACAUCGAGCAGUACAAGAACGGGUUCGUCAACCUCGCGCUGCCGUUCUUCGGCUUCAGCGAGCCGAUCGCCAGUCCCAAAGUAGAGUACAAAGGGCCGGAGGGCAAGGUGACGUUGGACAAGAUCUGGGAUCGGUUCGAGAUCUCGGACGUGACGCUGAGGGAGCUCAUCGACGACUUCCAGGGCAGGGGCCUCAGCAUACAGAUGCUCAGCUCGGGCGUGAGCCUGCUCUACGCGGGCUUCUUCCCGGCGGCGAAGCUGAAGGAUAGAUACCCGCUCAAGCUGAGCCAGCUGGUGGAGACGGUCUCGAAGAAGCCGAUCCCGGAGCACCAGAAGGAGCUCAUCUUCGAGAUAGUGGCGGAGGACCUAGACGAGGAAGACGUCGAGGUACCGUACAUCAAGGUCCGGAUCCGGUAG